UUUUCAGUUUUCAGCUUCAGUUCGCAGUCAGUUUGUCAACGGGUCGCAUGCGUGUUCGGAAAAUCGCACAGAGUUAAUAUUUUUUGGGAAUAUAUAAGCCACAAGAAAUACAAAUUCAAAACCCCUUUUAAAGUGCAGUGGUGUGCAGUGAAAUAACUUAUAUUUUCCACGAAGAAAUUAAAAAAAAAAAGUAUAAAACAUGACGUCCUUCGGUUCAACAGGCUGCCUUUUGCUAGGCCUAUUAUCCCUGCUGAUGUUUUUCAAUACAGCCUCCGCGGUGUUGCGCUGCUGGCGCUGUUCGACGGACGUCUCAAACGGAGAGUUCUGCAACGAUCCCUUUCUGCCGGAGUCAAUUUCUGAGCAGCAGCGCUAUUGGAGCUACGUGAACUGCACCUAUUCGGUGGGCGCGAAGUCGGUGAAUGCGCGGCCCGUCUGCAAAAAACUCGUCCAGGAAGUCUACGGCAAGCGGGUGAUUUCGCGUUCCUGUUUUUACGAGGACAUGGACGAUUCGGCGGACAAGUGCGCCAACGACCAGACCUCGUCGUACAUAAAGACCGUCUACUGCCGCACCUGCACCACCGAUGGCUGCAACGGAGGCAGUGGCUCCACUCCGCUGGUCCUGCUCCUGAUAGUGCCCCUUCUGGUGGCAUCCUUGCGGCACUUGCCGCUAUGCAAAUGAGCGAACCGUUCCGGUCCGAACUUAAUUACGGAACUGCAAGCUGAAGUUAAAGCUGGCCGGGAAUUUCGGUGCUCAGACCGGACUUAACUGAAUUUCUUCAACGAGUUUUUAGUCACUUUGCCCUCACGAAUCUGCACAAAUCACUGGAGACACCGAAUGCCACCCGUCCUGGCCAUUCAUCAUUAUCACCUCACCCACGAAAAUCAAAACAGUUUAUCGUAGUCACAACAACUCUGCACUACACAUCAUUCGACACUCGAUCACCUAACUUUGUUGUAAUCUGUACAUCUUUGUAAUAUCUUUAUUAUUCUACUUGUAAUUGAAAGUAAGGAGCCUUCGGGUUCUGCCUCUACGUAAAUAAAUAAAUCGUAAUUAGAUGAUAAAACAAA